AUGAAGGAGAGUCGGAGAUACGGUGCGGCCGGGAUGUUGGCAGGUUUAUCUCAUUUCCCUCUUCAUCGGAGCCUGCACCAUCAGAGGAUUGUGGCAGGUAUGUCUGGGGAGUUACCAAAGCGGCUUAUUAAGGAGGGUGAGGAGACCCAAGUGACUCAGAUCAAUAAAAACUGCAGAAUGUUGUACAAGAAUGGUUUGGGUUACUCGGCGAGAGUGAUACACAGCUUCUUGUGUAGGGAGCUGGUGACUUACAAAAACUAUGAGCUCUGGUUUGCGUUUGUGAGGAGACCACUUCGAUUUUCUUUGCUAGAGUACCACGCAGUUACCGGCCUUCAGUGCGAUACUAGUCUAUCACGUAAGGAGUUGGUUGACUUCGAGGAUGAUGGUGGUUUCUGGAGCACAGUGGUGAGGAGAAAAGAGGGAGUAACUAUCUUGGACCUUUGGAAGAAUCACCAUGAAGAUGUUAAGAAGUGGUGUAAUGCUGAUCGAAUAAGACUGGUGAAUCUAUGCAUCAUUAUGACUAUGUAUCCCUGGGGAGUUGCUUCUUUUGACCUUCUCUGCAAGUCAAUAGCUAAAACACGGGACAAACUGAAGGAAAAGACUACUAUUUACGUGUUAGAUGGCUUCUUCUACGCCUUGCAGAUUUGGGCAAUGGAAGCGGUACCAAAGAUUGGAAAGCUCUGUGGAAAAAAAUUGGACAAGGGUUUUAUGAACGGUCCUAGAUGCGUAAAUUGGAUGGGAGCUGCAAAGAUUUCAUACGGGGAGUUCAAUCGGUUGGAGAACAUCUUUACAUCCGAGGAUGACAUCUAUCCAUACAUCUCAGCUGAUGAGGUGGAGGAUGAUAGAAUCAAGGUUCUCAUGAAGAUGAUACAUACUAAGCAUGAUUUCAGUGACCACAUUUGGGAGUUCGAAGAGACACCAGAUUUUUCUUGGGGGCUUCAUGACAAACAAGGAGAGGAUGAUGAAGUAGCUGAGAAUGAUGAAGAAGCUCCCAAGAAUGAUGAAGAAGAUGGGAGUGAUGAAGACUUUCGAACUCCAAGAGGAUCAUCGAACAGAGUCUCCGGAGCUAGAAAGGGAAAGAAGAGGCUCCCGGAUCGUGGAAUGGAAAAAAGGAAGCAAAAGAUUCUCUCUUCUAGACCACAACAGGCGCCUUUUAAUGAAGAUAUGAAGAGCUUUAUGGCGCAGUUGUUUGAGCAUAAUUUUUCUGCAAUGGAAGAGAGGCUACAGAAACAGAUGGGUGAAAGAUUUGAGAAAAUGCAGUCUGAGCUUAAAGGUUCACUUAAGGAUGCAAGCGUUGAAGUUGACGAUAUAGAGCCAUCGACGAGCAAGCCAUCACCUAGCAAGCCAUUGCCUAUCAAGCCAUCGCCGAGCAAGCCAUCGUCGAGCAAGCCACCACCGAGCAUUCCAUCUCCAAGGAGGUCCAAACGUGGUAAAGAACCCCUAGUCUUCACCACUCUCGUCAAUGAUGUGAAUUUGAGUCAAGCAGAUGAUAUGGACGAAGACAUAGGUACCCAAGGCCUUGAAGGGCUUUCCCAGUCUUCGUAUGUGCCCGGCUUUGAUCCAUCGCAGACCAAUAAGGAAAACGAAGCACGUGAUUGGUGGACUCCAAUGACUACUAUCUGA